AUGGUCAAUCCUGUCGUGUACUUCGACAUCACCGCUGAUGGCGAACCUUUAGGUCGCGUCUCCUUCGAGCUGUUUGCAGAUAAAGUCCCAAAGACAGCAGAAAACUUCCGUGCUCUGAGUACUGGGGAGAAAGGAUUUGGUUACAAGGGUUCCUGCUUUCACAGAAUCAUUCCUGGGUUUAUGUGCCAGGGUGGAGACUUCACACGCCAUAAUGGUACUGGUGGCAAGUCCAUCUAUGGGGAGAAGUUUGAUGAUGAGAACUUCAUCCUGAAGCACACAGCUCCAGAAAUCACCUUGCGACCCCCAGUGUGCUUGCAGUACCUUUUAAUCUUUGUGCUCUUGCUACAGUUCUUUGGGUUCCAUGCUUUAUUUCUCUACAAGCUUAGCAGGAUGCAGACAAAUUUAUGA